CGUGAACCACUUGUUUGUCGAUAAAAUCGUGAAUGACCACGUCAACAGAGCGGCCUUGAUGAAAUUCAAGUGAUUCUCAAGUUUCAUGGUUUGGACUUGGAAAGAAAACAUUUAUUAAAAAAUGGUUUUCGACUGUAUUUGUGCUUUGUAGCAUAUUUGUUGGGAAACUUGAGUAAAAGAUGGAUUUUUGGCUCAAGAAGACGUAGGUCACGUUUUAUUGUAAAUGGAAAUCCCUUUGCAUCCAAAGUGUCAGUUUAGUUAUUGCUUCUUCAUCUGUGGUUUCAUUCACUGUCCAGCUUAAGAAAAAUGAGUUGAAUCUGUUACAACAGGGCACGGAACCCCAAUAGCCGAUAAAGAUGCAUCACUAACAGUAGGACUGAGGGGUCACAUUCUCCUCCACGAUGUUCAGCUAGUUGAAGAAUUGGCCCACUUUGACCGAGAAAGGAUACCUGAAAGAGUGGUCCAUGCCAAAGGGGCUGGAGCCUUUGGAUAUUUCGAGGUGACGAAUGACAUAACGCAGUACUGCGCUGCGAAAGUUUUCUCGUCAAUCGGCAAAAAAACCCCCAUCGCGGUACGUUUUUCGACCGUAGGAGGCGAAUCAGGCUCUGCCGAUACUGUCAGAGAUCCCAGAGGCUUCGCCGUGAAAUUCUACACUGAGGAUGGCAUCUGGGACCUGGUAGGAAACAACACGCCUAUCUUUUUCAUCAGGGACCCAGUGCUGUUCCCGCAUUUCAUACACACUCAAAAAAGAAACCCUCAAACGCAUCUAAAAGAUGUUAACAUGUUCUGGGAUUUCAUUUCAUUGAGGCAGGAGACAACUCAUCAGAUUAUGUUUUUGUUUGCAGACAGAGGUAUCCCCGACGGUUACAGGCACAUGAACGGUUAUGGAUCUCAUACAUUCAAAAUGGUUAACAAAGACGGAAAAUUUGUCUACUGUAAAUUCCACUACAAAACUGAUCAAGGAAUAAAAUGUAUUGAUGCCAAAAAAGCAGAUGAGUUAGCCGGUACUGAUCCAGAUUAUUCUAUCAAGGAUCUUUACAACUCUAUCGCCAACAGAGACUAUCCAUCGUGGACAUAUUAUAUCCAGGUAAUGACUCCUGAGCAAGCUGCCUCCUGCAAAUUCAAUCCAUUCGAUCUGACAAAGGUUUGGCCUCAUUCAGAUUACCCUCUGAUCAAAGUAGGCAAAAUGGUGCUUAAUCGUAACCCAGAGAAUUACUUUGCUGAAGUAGAACAGAUUGCAUUUAGUCCAGCUCACAUGGUGCCUGGAAUCGAACCUUCGCCUGACAAAAUGCUGUUGGGUCGUAUAUUUUCAUAUGGCGACACUCACAGGCAUAGACUGGGUCCGAACUAUCUCCAGCUGCCUGUCAAUUGUCCAUACAAAGUCAAAAACUACCAAAGAGACGGCCCAGCUUGCUACUACAAUCAAGGAGGAGCACCAAACUAUCACCCUAACAGUUUUGGAGGACCAGACAAUGACGCAUGGGUGAAAUCGUUACAGAAACCAUAUACUGUCUCUGGGGAUGUUGCAAGAUAUGAUACCGGCGAUGAAGACAACUUCUCUCAAGCGAGAGAAUUCUACCAAAAGACGUUAGACAAAGCGGCCCAAGAGAGGAUGAUAGCAAAUAUAGUCGGACAUCUAUCAAAUGCUGCCGAUUUCAUUCAAGAUAGGACGGUUAAAAUGUUUUCCAAAGUGGACAGCAGCCUUGGAGAGAGACUUGCUGAAGGAUUGAAGAAAAUAAAGACCAUCAAAGCGAAUUUGUAGAUUGAGUGAUGAACUUUAUAUUUUUGUGAUUUAUAAAUUUAAGGAGCUCAAAUAGAGCAAAACAAAGUUUAGCUCUAAUUAUUUUUAUCUGCUGUAUGGUAUAUUACCUAGAGGUGCUAAAGGAUUUGGAAAUUGUUGCAUAAGCAUUAUUUUUUAACAAUGUAUAUAUAAUCACAGAUUUUGUAUGAACCUCCAUUUUUAACAUUGCAGUCAAAAUUUAUAUUUUUGUAACUGAUUCACUGCACGAUCUACAUAUUUCUAUAAAUAAAAAACAUUAAGAAAAUUAA